AUGCUUUUCUCAGCUACCAAUAUUCUGGCCGUGGCCCUGGCACUGGCCAACUACGUCUCUGCCGCUCCAGUUGAUCUGGAGGAGCGCGGAUCGAAAGUCAUCAUCGGCUACCGCACCAUGCAGAAGCACGGCACGGUUGUCUGGUAUACUGCUGGUGGCGUUCAGCUAGGCGAUGCCGUCUACCUCACCCCCGGUCCUGGACAGUGGAAAGCUCCUGAAAGUUACUGGCACUGUGUCAUCUAUGCCGAUCAGACCAAGUUCCUCGCGGCCAAGAAGGCCUGGAUCCCCGAAUACAACGGCCAUACCAAGCUGUGGUUUGAACCCAAGGAGAUCGAUUCUUACCUCAAGACGACUCGCCACGAAACCCCCGAUGAGACGCUCCGCCUUGCCGCCAUGGAUGGAGAUACCUCCGUUCUCCAGAUGGGUAUCCCCAAGCACAUGCUUGGUAAAACCGGCGAGUUGGAUCUUGAGGCUUACUGCAAGGAGAAGGCUUCGGAGCUGCCUCAGCAUGUCGUCAAUUACAAGACUUUGAACAAUGCUGUGGGUACCGCUCAGUGA